UUUAAGAUGAAUGAAAACUCAAUCAGAUUUGAAGUAGUUUUAUUUUUUACAUAUAUUUGUUUGUAAAUACGGUGUAAUUCCUAAAUUGUUAAAUAAUAAUGACGAGCAAAACACAACAAGCCUUCCAAGGAAAAGAAUGCUUCAGUCGUAUGAAUUUUCUCUAUCAAGCAUCCAUGCUAAUGGCUGGCAGCAACAACACUUUGGCUUCUUACUAUGGCGAACUGUGUCGGAACAUUGGCAAAAAGGCAGUGCUUAGAAUUCAUCCGGACGUUAAGCGACAACUAUGCAAACGUUGCUCCCUCGCAAUGCAGCCGGGCAUUACGGCUGAUUUUAAUGCAACUGCACGGCGGAAAUGGCGAAAGUGCUCCAAAAAUACCCACAGUAUGGACGAAAAUACAAGUUUUCAAUUGACAUGUCGCCAGUGUAGUUUUAAACGCCAGUAUUUAUUUAAUCCGCAAUUCAAGUUUUGGCUGGAGAAUGAGGAGUCGGUGGUGGAAUCCAUUACUCUAAGAAAUGAAACUACUAAAGAUGAACAAAUCAUGUCAAACAAAAUCAAUCAAACAAUAGGUGAAGAACAAAGUAUCACAACGCAGAAACAACACGAUAUCAAAUAAGUAAACGAAUGAACGUGGGAAAAUGUAAAAUAACAUAUUUAGUGAGUUGAUGACGGAUCUUCCCCACUUCUGACAGAUGUGCUAGGAAUGUCAUCUCGCAGUUGGUGGCUUAUAAAACCAGCUAAAUUCUCCAAGCCAUCUUGUUCCAGAUCGCAAAAUUCUUCCUUUACAACCGGCAAGGGCUCUGAAGCAACUUGAAACCUUUUUAAUAUAAUUCCUGUGAAAAUAUUUACAUGCAUUUUAUAAAUAUUGACAUUCAUAGAUUAUACAUAUAUUAUAGUUUUUA